CGCUAUACGCCUCGCCCACAUUCUAGAUCGAGCAUGGGAUAGAGUUAGCGCUUGGGCAUGGAAGCAUGCUUGCUAGGCCUUUGAGGGUAGCAGAGGCAGCUGCAGCAAAGUGGGCGAGGGAAGUGUCCCGUUAUGGGGAAGAGCGAGUACUAAACCGCAUAAGUGUCGAGCGCGCUGGAGAGUUCGGGCUUCCAUCUGCUCCGCUGCGAGUAAUCCUGCCUGAAUUUCUGAUAGAGAAGAGUUUUGGUGGGCAGGCGAGGGUGGAGGCGGCAGCUGAAGCUGCUCUGAGGGCGCGAGAUUGGGGCCUUACGAAGAUGUGGGACGAGAAGGCGAUGUGGUACAUGUUCCCUGUGUCCGUUUGUGAAGGACUAAGUGAGGAGGUGUACACCCUCAUGUUGAAGUCGCAAACCUGGGAUGAGCUGGAAGCUUCUCUGAAGUUGAGGUUCCCAGAGGAUGGGGUGGAAUGCAGGCUUGGUAAGGGCCUCGAGCAGCCAACCAAUGAAGUCGCAAACCUGGGAUGUGAAGGACUAAGUGAGGAGGUAUACACCCUCAUGUUGAAGUCGCAAACCUGGGAUGAGCUGGAAGCUUCUCUGAAGUUGAGGUUCCCAGAGGAUGGGGUGGAAUGCAGACUUGGUAAGGGCCCUGAGCAGCCAGCCGAGGCCGCGUCAACGCAAGGAGAGCUGAGUGGUAUACAGAGGCAAGUUGGGAUGCUGGAAGAGAGGUUGGCGAGGUUGGAAGAAGCCAGGUGUGGUGAAAGGAAGACCUUUGAAGGAGCAUCCAACAGACCGGCUGGGCAGGAUGAGGCGGAGGUAAGGGAAGAUCAUCAGGAGUUGCUCCUCCUCAAGAGAAUCCUAAGGGGGCGAGUUUGCGCCCCGGGGAAAGUUGAAGAUGAGGGGAUCAUUGAGAUCGAGGAGGAGCAAGAAGCUAGUAUGGCCCUACCUGUUAUUGCGCCGGAGCCGAAGGGAGGGCCCAUUGGCGGAGAGGCAUCCUCGGCUGCGGGACGGGAGAGGCAAAGGAAUGAGUGGUGGCUAGAGCACUGGGCAAAAGUGGUAUGUGAUGGUUAGGGAGAGAGUGGUCGCACCCCUCAAGGAGGCAAGGGAAAGGGGGUGAUGGGUGAAGAAGGGAAGCCUGAACCUCCCAAGUUGACAAAG